AUGGCGAAACUGAAGAAAAUUGAUAUUGUCUGUGUGGUGGAAACAUGGCUGUCUGAUCAUAUUGCGGACGCUGAGCUCUCUUGUAAUGGCUUCUUCGCGGUCUUCAGGAAAGACAGAAAGUCAAGGGGUGGUGGCGUCCUCAUCCUUGUGAGGAGACCCAUACCAUGUACGAUGUGUGAGAUUGAGGAAGACACUCUAGAGGUUCUCUGCAUCGAAAUUCACCAAAAUGAUGAUCCGACACGCUUGAUUCUCUCGUACGCCCCUGGUACCGAGGGUUACCAUGAUGAUAUUGCAAAGAUGAAUCUACUCACGGAGGAGAUGGAACGACUGCUCUGUACCUCGAGCUCUGUGAUAAUCAUGGGUGACUUUAAUUGCCCCCAUAUCGACUGGUCUGAAGGAGGACGCUUGGCGGGUGGUCUUCCUAAGGAAAGGAUACUUCUCGAAUUCUGUGUCUCGAACGGCCUGAAGCAGCUGGUGACGGAGAUAACCCGACCGGCCAGCGGUGCUCUGAUUGAUCUCGUUCUGUGUACACACGGAAUGUUGGACUGUGACGACGUUGUUGUUGUGCCUAACCCAGUUGAGUCAGAUCAUUUGGGCAUCAUGUUUUCCUUUGAUGGUGUUGUCAAGGGCUGCCCUGUGCGCAACGAGCAUGAUUUCGAGCGCGCUGACUACGAGGCGAUAAAUGCGUCGCUGUUGGCCACCAACUGGCAACAGAUGUUUCAGAAUUCUGAGACGGCUGACGACAUGUACAGCAUACUGACAGAAUACCUUCGCUUCCUUGUCGACAUUCAUGUUCCUCGCAAGAACAUGCGGAAUGACCGUCCGAUUGCUCAGUGCAUCCAACGCCUGGAGAGCGCACUGAAUGGAUGCCCUGCUUCAGAUGUCACCGGGACGAAACGACUGCGCAAGAGGCUGGAGCGCUGCCUCACGCGACAAAGAUAUCUGCUAGAGACGAAGAUUGUGGAAUCAGAGAGUGCUCCGAGAUUCUUCAGGUACAUGUCCUCUAGGAUGAAAACCAAAGACGAUCUCGCAGUUCUGAUUGACGCCAGCGGAGAAAGGGUCACGGACGACAAAUCCAAAGCUGACCUACUGUGUGACAUCUUCGAGGAAACGUAUCUGCAUGGAGGUACUCGACUGCCUGUCCCGAACUCGGUCCUAUGCCCCAAGGGGGUUCGGAUGCUCGAGGACGUUGAUUUGUCGGAAGAGGCUGUGCACAAAUGCCUGACCGCAACGAAACCGAAGAGAAGCAUGAACCCAGAACGCCUACCCGCUCUGUUCCUCAGUCGCUCUGCACUUGGAGUCUCGCUGCCUCUGAGCCUGAUGUACCAACGCUCUUUGGCUGAAGGCAAG